AUGGGUUAUUUAAUGCCGACAAGAUUUUUAUUGCUGCUAAUCUAUCUAUCUAUCUAUCUAUCUAUCUAUCUAUCUAUCUAUCUAUCUAUCUAUCUAUUUCAAUUCUGCAUUCAACCAUCUAUCUAUCUAUCUAUCUAUCUAUAUAUAUAUAUAUAUAUAUAUAUAUAUAUAUAUAUCUCCGUCUGUUCAUAUCUAUCUAUCUAUCUAUCUAUCUAUCUAUCUAUCUAUCUAUCUAUCUAUCUCAUCUGUAUCUAUCUAUCUAUCUAUCUAUCUAUCUAUCUAUCUAUCUAUCUAUCUAUCUAUCUAUCUAUCUCAGUCUGUUUAUACCUGCCUAACUACCUAUCUAUCAGUCUGUUCGUACCUACCUACCUACCUAUCUAUCUAUCUAUCUAUCUAUCUAUCUAUCUAUCUAUCUAUCUUUCAAUAUGCAGUGUUGAAAGCAUCUAUCUAUCUAUCUCAGUCUGUUCGUAUCUAUCUAUCUAUCUCUAUCUAUCUAUCUAUCUAUCUAUCUAUCUAUCUAUCUAUCAGAUUUUUCCUUUCCAUCACAUUCUGAUAUCCUUUUCGAAAGAAAAACAAACAGAAAUGGCCAAAGAUUUUGACGUCUCGUCAAAUCUCUCUAUCUAUCUAUCUAUCUAUCUAUCUAUCUAUCUAUCUAUCUACCAACUAAAUACUAUUAAAGAUAGGAAAAUGUUGUUUCUAUCUAUCUAUCUAUCUUUGUUUAUCUGUCUCUUGUAG